AUGUUAAAUCAAACUACUCCCGAACCAAAUUUAAAAAAUAUUAUCGAACAAAAAAGUCUGAAAUGGAUUUUUGUUGGAGGAAAAGGUGGCGUAGGAAAAACGACAUGCAGUUGUAGUUUAGCCGCUCAGUUGUCUCGUGUUCGUGAUACAGUCUUAAUUUUGAGUACAGAUCCAGCUCACAACAUAUCAGAUGCGUUCAACCAAAAAUUUACAAAAAAACCAACAAAAGUCAACGGUUAUGAUAAUCUGUUUGCAAUGGAAAUCGACCCAUCCGGAGGAAUUAGUGAGCUACCAGAUGACACAGACGAUAGUGAAUUGUGGACUGUGGGACGGUCGGUCUUUCAAGAUAUGUUAUCAUCAUUUCCGGGUAUUGACGAAGCAGUUAGUUUUAGCGAAGUAAUGAAAUUGGUUAAAAAUAUGAAUUUUAGUGUUGUUGUGUUUGAUACAGCUCCCACUGGUCAUACACUUCGUCUACUAUCAUUUCCAUCAGCUAUUGAGAAGGGAUUAGAGAAAAUUUUAAGAUUAAAAAACCAUGUUGGCCCCAUUUUAACACAAAUUAGUGGUAUGUUUGGGAUGGAUAAUAUGGUCUCAGAUUUAAUGUCAAAUAAAUUGGAAGAAACUCUUGCUGUAAUUAGACAAGUUAUGGAACAAUUUCAGAAUCCGAGUUUAACAACGUUUAUUUGUGUUUGUAUACCUGAAUUUUUAUCUCUAUAUGAAACUGAACGUUUGGUUCAAGAAUUAGCCAAAACAAACAUUGAUACGCAUAAUAUUAUUGUCAAUCAAGUACUAUUUAAUGAUAAACAACAAACACCAUCGUGUAAAAAAUGUAAUGCAAGAUCCAAAAUACAACAAAAAUAUAUUGAACAAAUCGAUGAUUUAUAUGAAGAUUUUAAUGUUCUAAAACUGCCGUUAUUAGACGAUGAAGUUCGUGGAGCAGAAAAUAUCAAUUCAUUUUCAAAAUAUUUAUUACAACCAUACAAACCAUGA